ACUUCUCGUUCUUGGUUUCUUCGUCCUUAAUUCUUCCCCUUGGGGAUCAAGAGAACGCCACGAUCCUUUUGAUCCCGCACUCGAGUCUGGCUAUACUUGUCGCCCUCUUCGCCUUCGUCUUUGGAUCCUAUGAACGCGUCCAAGUUCAUGGACAAGCAGAUCAUGGAGCUUUCCGGAUCAUCGGUGCCUGCUGACAAGUUCUUCGACCUCCUCAACCCCCAGGAAGACCAUCAGAUAGACGGCGCCGCCUCCGGAGGAGGAAGCAGCGUCAAGAAGGAGCAGCAGCAGGGAGAGAAGGCCGAGAUCUUCCCUAGCUAUGAGUUUCACCCCAUCCGGGCCGUCGGAUCUUCCUCUCCCCCGACCACCGGCGGCGGCCUUGGUGGCUCCUGGCCCACCUGGGGCUCCGUCGAUUCCAAGCUGGCCUCCUUCAAUCUCCAGAAUGCUGGUAUUCUGGAGCCCCACGAACCAACAAAAGCUAGCCAUCAGAAAGAAAAGAGUACAUAUGAUGUUGCAAUGGUGGCUGAGAUUGACACUACAGUGAAAAGAUACGCUGAUAAUUUGAUGAAUGCUUUGGAAGGUGUUAAUUCAAGACUGCUGCAACUUGAGAAUAGAACUCACCACCUGGAAAACUCUGUGGAUGAGCUCAAGGUGGCUAUUGGAAAUAAUAAUGGCAGCACAGAUGGAAGAUUAAGGCAAUUUGACAAUAUUUUGAGAGAGGUACAAUCUGGGGUGCAAAUUCUGCGGGACAAGCAGGAUAUCGUGGAGGCACAGCUGCAUCUUGCACAGUUAAAAGCUUCCAAAGGGGAGCAACAGCAGCAGCAAAAUUCAAAGACUGUGCAACCAGAUUCUCGGCAACAUGAGGUACCUGCAUCACAACAGCCCAUCCAACAAUCCUAUCAACAACCAGUUCCACCUGCACAACCAACUGUGCUUCCUGCUCCGCAAGUGCCAAAUGCUCCGCCACCUGCACCACAACAAAUCCCACCUCUCCAUAUGCAUCCUCAGUUACCUCAACCUCAAGUUCCUUCUGUCCCGUCUUUACCGCGAGAGUCUGGCUUCCCCCCAGCUGCUCAGCACGCAGAAGCUACACACCAACAGUACCAAGUGCCAGUUCAGCAUCCUCAGGCAGCACCACCUCCACCACCAUCUGGACCACAACAUUAUCAGCCUCCUCAUCUUCCACAGUAUUCUCAGCCACCCCAAUCACAACAUUCUGUUAAUCCCACGCAGCAGCAGCCACCCCCUAUACCUCAGCACGCUGAAGAAUCUGCACCAUAUGCGCCUCCACCUCAGAGCUAUCCCCCAAGCAUCUACCAACCUGCCACUUUUCCUCAGCCACCGAGUGGGCCACCUCAACAAUUUUUUGUCCCCAACUCCAGCAUGUAUGGACCACCUACAAGCAAACCAAACUCAGGGCCGCCACCUUCUUCUGGCUAUGGACCACCAACAGGUCCUAGUUACUCUGAUUCUGCUUACGGAGGGUUGCCUUCCGGCCAAAGCAGCUCUCCGAUGAAACACUUCACUCCCUCAGUCCCAUCUGGUGGAAGCAGCAACUAUCCACGACUUCCUACGGCCCGCAUCUUACCACAGGCACCACAAACUGCCUCUGGCUCUAGUAGUCCUUCAGGAACUAGAUUGCCAAUUGAUGACGUGGUGGAGAAAGUUGCUACGAUGGGAUUCUCGAGAGAUCAAGUCAGGGCAACAGUGAGGAAGUUGACAGAGAACGGGCAGUCGGUUGAUCUGAAUGUGGUGCUUGACAGACUCAUGAACGAUGGUUGAGGUCCAGCCUCAGAAACAUUGAUUUGGGCGGUGACUGUUGUCGAAGCUUUCUAUCAUCUACUGUAUAUAGCAGCCAUGUGAACCUAAAUCUCUUGCAUCCUUCUGUCGCCAGAUCAGUGGUUCGAGGAACGUGAGUCGGAUUCUAUUGCUCUUUUCUUGGAUUGCAUGCUUCUUUUGCUAAAUCUUUCGAGGCGCUGAUGACUACCACCAAUCUGUUGUUCAUCUUAUUGCAAUGUUUGACAGUUUUCCGCUCUUUCAAGAUUCUAUCAAUUGUGUAUCAGACAUAACGACGACUGUCGCUGCUUCUCAAUGCCAAAAACUGUGGUUCUGGAA